AUGUCGACAGCUUCGAAAGUGACGUUGGGAGCAUCAAUAGCGUUCGCCACGGGGGCAUUCAUAUUCAUAAACUACUCGCAACAAGCAGAAAGGUCAGCGUUGCGCCAGGGCCCCAUCAAGGAUGCCGAGAGGAUGGCGGCCAAGAGAGAGAAAACUAGGAAACAGAUGGCGAACGAGGCGGAGCAUCGCGAGCAGAGCGAGUUGAAGGCCAAGUAUCUUGAGAUGCAGCCUUUGAAUCAUGAGAUUAUCCGGGGUGAACAUGGGCAAAAUAGCGGUGAGUCGGGGUAA